CAAGCCCCCGACCAUAUUUCUAGUUCAUUGACUUACUAUUGUCUUUUGGUUCAGCAUAUCUAAUAUUUUAUCCUUCCAUGGGAGGCAAUGCAUUUCUGCUUCAAGUUCCAGGACUGCAAGGACUCACAAAAGGUGGGUUUAUGAACUGCUUCACCAGCACACACCCUUCACAUUCCUGGCAUUUUUUCUAUGAAGCAGGUCAGUAGCAGAGCAGAGCUGCCAUAACAUGGCAUGAUCAGUGUGAUCUCAGGUUAGGAGAGACACGCAGAUUGGCAUGAACCCAAUCUAUCUGUCUAUAUAUCAAAGGCCUUUUUGAAGCCCAUUCUUUGCCCAGGAAAAGACGGUUACAGAGAUCGAAUUUCAAAUUUCAGUUCAAACAUGAAGCUUUCACACUCCAAAUUUUCAGUGCCAGUGCUGGUGUUUUUGUUGAUCAUAGCAGGUUUAGUGGGGCAAGGGCAAGGCACUACUUGUGGGACCUCUUUCUUCUCUGCUCUCAUUCAGAUGAUACCUUGUAGAGCAGCAGUCGCUCCAUUCAGCCCCAUCCCGCCAAGUGAAGCCUGCUGUAACGCUGUGAGAACACUGGGCCAGCCCUGUCUGUGCGUGCUCAUAAACGGCCCUCCUAUAUCUGGCGUUGAUCGGAACAUGGCCAUGCUGCUCCCAGAGAAGUGCACCACCAACUUUGAUCCAUGUGAGAUGGAAAAGUAGAGAAGUAGAAGCCUAUAGAGCCAGGAAAGAGCAAUAGAGAACUAUCACCUUCUUAUGCUGCUGCUGCUGCUACUACUAAUAAGAGAAUAACCAUUGAGAUGAAGCACUUUUAGGUCUUUUUAACUUUGCUCUUGUAAUUUUCCUAUCUACUAUUGUCUUUCCCACAUUGCUUAGUUCAUAAUAUGUAUGGUUGCUUUUCUCUUGGUUUGCAGUAUAUCUUUCUCUCCAACCCCAUCUUAUUCUACU